AUGGAACCAGGAGAGGAGAGGGUGUGCUCUGACCCGUUCCCCGGGCUGCACCGCAAAAUGUUCCUCGGUGGGGCAUGGAAGUUGUGUCACUACUGGGGGUAUGGAGACAACCACAGUGUCCACUGUUCGGGAGAAAAUGUCCCCUUACCUGCUUCAACAAAGGCCCAUGCGGGGAAGUUCGUGCCCCUGUGUCAUCAAAAGUCAGAGAAGACGCCUGGAGGGUCCAAGCCUGAUUCACCACAGCCUAACUCCCCACAGUCAGAGCAGACGCCUGGAGGGUCCAAGCCUGACUCACCACAGCCUAACUCCCCACAGUCAGAGAAGACGCCUGGAGGGUCCAAGCCUGACUCACCACAGCCUAACUCCCCACAGUCAGAGAAGACGCCUGGAGGGUCCAAGCCUGAUUCACCACAGCCUAACUCCCCACAGGAAGAGAAGACGCCUGGAGGGUCCAAGCCUGACUCACCACAGCCUAACUCCCCACAGUCAGAGAAGACGCCUGGAGGGUCCAAGCCUGACUCACCACAGCCUAACUCCCCACAGUCAGAGAAGACGCCUGGAGGGUCUAAGCCUGACUCACCACAGCCUAACUCCCCACAGUCAGAGAAGACGCCUGGAGGGUCCAAGCCUGACUCACCACAGCCUAACUCCCCACAGUCAGAGAAGACGCCUGGAGGGUUCAAGCCUGACUCACCACAGCCUAACUCCCCACAGUCAGAGAAGACGCCUGGAGGGUGCAAGCCUGACUCACCACAGCCUAACUCCCCACAAAAGACGCCUGGAGGGUCCAAGCCUGACUCACCACAGCCUAACUCCCCACAGUCAGAGAAGACGCCUGGAGGGUCCAAGCCUGACUCACCACAGCCUAACUCCCCACAGUCAGAGAAGACGCCUGGAGGGUCUAAGCCUGACUCACCACAGCCUAACUCCCCACAGUCAGAGAAGACGCCUGGAGGGUCUAAGCCUGACUCACCACAGCCUAACUCCCCACAGUCAGAGAAGACGCCUGGAGGGUCCAAGCCUGAUUCACCACAGCCUAACUCCCCACAGUCAGAGCAGACGCCUGGAGGGUCCAAGCCUGACUCACCACAGCCUAACUCCCCACAGUCAGAGAAGACGCCUGGAGGGUGCAAGCCUGACUCACCACAGCCUAACUCCCCACAGUCAGAGAAGACGCCUGGAGGGUCCAAGCCUGACUCACCACAGCCUAACUCCCCACAGUCAGAGAAGACGCCUGGAGGGUCCAAGCCUGAUUCACCACAGCCUAACUCCCCACAAAAGACGCCUGGAGGGUCCAAGCCUGACUCACCACAGCCUAACUCCCCACAGUCAGAGAAGACGCCUGGAGGGUCUAAGCCUGACUCACCACAGCCUAACUCCCCACAGUCAGAGAAGACGCCUGGAGGGUCCAAGCCUGACUCACCACAGCCUAACUCCCCACAGUCAGAGAAGACGCCUGGAGGGUCCAAGCCUGACUCACCACAGCCUAACUCCCCACAGUCAGAGAAGACGCCUGGAGGGUCCAAGCCUGACUCACCACAGCCUAACUCCCCACAGUCAGAGAAGACGCCUGGAGGGUCCAAGCCUGACUCACCACAGCCAAACUCCCCACAGUCAGAGAAGACGCCUGGAGGGUCCAAACCUGAUUCACCACAGCCUAACUCCCCACAGUCAGAGAAGACGCCUGGAGGGUUCAAGCCUGACUCACCACAGCCUAACUCCCCACAGUCAGAGAAGACACCUGGAGGGUCCAAGCCUGACUCACCACAGCCUAACUCCCCACAGUCAGAGAAGACGCCUGGAGGGUCCAAGCCUGACUCACCACAGCCUAACUCCCCACAGUCAGAGAAGAUGCCUGGAGGGUCCAAGCCUGACUCACCACAGCCUAACUCCCCACAGUCAGAGAAGAUGCCUGGAGGGUGCAAGCAUGACUCACCACAGCCUAACUCCCCACAGUCAGAGAAGACGCCUGGAGGGUUCAAGCAUGACUCCCUACAGCCAGAGGAGAGGAGGAUUGGAGGGUCCAUGCCUGACUCACCACAGUCAGAGAAGACGCCUGGAGGGUUCAGGCCUAACUCCCCAAAACCAGAGGAGAGGACACCUGGAGGGUGCAGGCCUAACUCCCCACUGUCAGAGGAGAGGCGGCCUGGGGGGUACAAGCCUACUCCUAACUUGCCAAAACCAGAGGAGAGGACACCUGGAGGGUCCAAGCCUGACUCCCCACAUUCAGUGAUAUGGAGGCCUGGAGGGUCCAAUUCUAACUCCCCAAAGCCAGACGAGAGGAGGCCUGGAGGGUCCAAGCCUGACACCCUACAGCCAGUGGAGAGGAGGCCUGGAGUGUGCAAGCCUGACUCCCCACAGCCAGAGGAGAGGAAGCCUGGAGGGCCCAUCCCUAACCCUGACUUCCCAUAG